CGAUAGUUGCACCAUUGUUCUUCCUUGAGGCCUGGCAUUGAAGGAAGCCCCUCUCCAGUACUGGGGAUUUAGAGGGGAUUUAGAUAAAAGGGAGGUUGGGUUGCAGGCUGUGCUUCCUCCUCCUCCUCCUCCUCCCUGGGGUGAGUCAACGGCACCGCCUCUUAUCCCUUAAUGCCAUGUUACUGGACACCAGUGGCCCAAAUCCUUGCAUAAGCCCUGCUUCCUGCCAACUGCCAGGGGGAGGUAUAAAUCUGGGUGCCCCAGAGAGGCUGCCACCUUUCCGGCACCUGAGGAGCACCAAGGCAGACCCACCAGCAUGGAGGCCGCCCUGCUAACCCUCGCCGCGUUCUGCAUCUUUGGUGUCCAGGCCGACGUGGAAGUGGAUCCAAAUUUCGACCUUAACAGGUUUGCAGGGAAGUGGCACGUCUUGGCACUCGCCUCCACCGACCCGAUGCUUCAGAGCUUGAAGGACAUCAUCACCACACCGGCGGUCCGGAUCCAUCCCUUACCGAAUGGCAACAUGGAAAUAGAGACUUAUUACCUUUUGGGGGAAAACUGCGAAGGGAUGAAGGGAAGCUACAUGAAGGCGGACAAACCGGGACACUUCACCUCAAGUGAUGAGAAGGGCAAGAAGGACCUGCGGGUGCUGGCCAGCGAUGCCAACUUCGCCAUUGUCUACGCUGUGCGGGAGAUGAAGGGGAUGCCCCCCAGCAGGAGCCUCCAGCUUUACAGGAGGGACCUCAAGGGAGAUGGGAACCUGGAGAAAUUCAAGGCCUAUUGCCAGAAGAUGGGGCUCAUGGGCGAGCUGCUGCUUCCCCCCUUCUCCGAUAAAUGUUUCAAGCAAAUUGGGGAAUACGGCUCCAUGGAGGUGGAGAUGAUCUUCAUGAAACAGAAGGACGGGACAUACUUGCAGAAAAGCGGGCUGUGGUACGUCCACGGCAUAGGGUCCAACUGUGAGUGGAUGGUGGAAUUUUUGGUUAAGGAGAUGAUGACCUGCAACAUAACCAGCCAGAAAGAGGGGAGCUUCACCAUCUCGACCAACUGCUCAACGGAAUACGGCUCCAUGGAGGUGGAGAUGAUCUUCAUGAAACAGAAGGACGGGACAUACUUGCAGAAAAGCGCCAGGGACAACUCAGUGCCCCCUUCCCUGAAGCAGUCCUACGUAGACUUCGUAAUGGGAAGUCAGAUAAACAGAGACCAGAUAUUCCUCUUGGAGGCGAAAGGUAAGAUGCCAAGGUGA